CCUUUGCAGUACAUCAAAAUCAAAUCAAGUAGUAUCACAAACCUGCAAAGUUCUCCAAGAAUUCUUCUAAAUUACUUCAACCACUGAUCAAUUCAAUGGCAGACAUAAUAUCAAAUGUGUUCAAUGAAAACGAUGAGUUUAGCGCUCCCAUACUAUCAGACAACGAGUGCGCUGAGGAACUUCAAUACCAAGAGGUUCUUGCAGCCUCUUUAGAAAUCUUCAAUCUUCACAUGUCAACCACACAAAUCGAAGAAUCCCCUGAAUCAUCCCAAGGUUUUUGUGAAAUUUGUAUGGAGACAAAAGCUACAAAUGAAAUGUUCAAACUCGAAAAUUGUUCUCGUCACUCAUUCUGUACUGAUUGCAUAGCGCAAUAUGUCCAGUUCAUGAUUCAAGACCAUAUUUUCUCAGUAACUUGCCCUGGUUUGAAAUGUUGCGCGACAAUUGAACCUGUUUAUUGUAAAUCCAUCAUCCCUGAAAAUGUAUUCGAAAAAUGGCAAGGGGGAUUGAGUGAGUCUUCUCUUCUUGAGUGCGAAAAGUUUUACUGUCCUUACAAAGAUUGUUCAGAGCUGCUGAUUUAUGAUCAUGAUCAAGGCAUCAUUGAGUGUAUAUGUCCUGUAUGCCACAGGCUGCUAUGCGCGGCGUGUGGCGUCCCUUGGCAUACUGGACUUGAUUGUGACAAGUUUCAAAAUGAUGAAAAAAACAGAGAAGAUGAUUUAAAAGUUGAGGAACUUGCUAGCAGCUCAAAAUGGAUGAAAUGCCCUCACUGCAAACAUAUUGUGCAGAAAGCUGAUGGUUGUAUACACAUAACCUGCUGGUGUGGAUCUCAAUUUUGCUAUAUAUGUGGAGAAACAUGGAGUGAAAACCAUUGGAGAUGUCAAAUUAGUGAAUGAUACCAGAUUGCUUCUAAAGAACUGGGAAGAUUGAUAAAAGGCUAAAUAAUUCACCUAAUUUUAAAAAAUAAAAAUAAUACUCCACUCACUUUUAAGAUGAUAAAUAUCAAGUUAUAAACAUACUUUUUGAUAAUAAACUACUUAAAGCAUAUUAUUAUCAAGUUAUACCAUAUAAAGAAAAAAUAUAUUAUUCUCAUUAAUUAUUUAAAUAAUAAUUUAUUUAUUUAAAUAAUUACAUUUAUUACUCAGUUACCUUUUUUAAAUCAAUCUAUUUAAAUAAAUUAAUUUUUUAAAUUAUCUUUUUUAAACCAAAUUAUUUGAUUAUAUUAUUUUUUUUAAGUUACCUUUUUUAAACAAAACUCUUUAACUAUUAUAAAUUAAAUUAAACAUUAUAUAGUUACCUUUUAAAAAAAUUACAAAAUACUUAGGGAUUUUAUCAUUCUAUAAUAACUAUCCACCACUAUCUAAACCAAUACCAGUUUUUUUUAAAACCGUCACACGCUAUAUUUAUAAAAAAAAAAUUCAUCUUCCCCAAAUAUGUUGUUCUUCCCUAAAUCCUCACCAAAUCUUCUUUAUUUCGCACGCCUAACAUUAAUCUUCACCAACAUUAGCUGUUUUGCUGAAAAAUCUACAACAUUAACAUUCUUCUUCACCAAAAUCUACUGUUUUGGUCAAUAAUCUUUCAAAUUUGCACUCAAAAAUCUGUAUAAUAUCGAAGAGAGGCAAUGAAACCCCGCGUAAAAGUAGAAGGUUGAACGAUGAAGCAAGAUCUGAGGAAUUUCAUGCUCCAUCUUUCAACAUUUUGUCUCAAAUACAAACUCAACCUUCAUCUACAAAAGAAAAAUCUAGAACAGAAAAAUCAAAAUGAAAAAAAAACAAAACAAAGAGCCAAAGGAAAUCGAGAAGAAGAGAAAAGAGAAAGAAAAGUAAUCCGUAGAUGAAUCUUGAAAGAAGGGUGGACCUCGAACUCAUAAAGAACAAGUUAUGGACACCACCAAUUAUCCUACUUCAAAAUUUCGUAACAGAAAGUAGAAAUUUUCAUCGCACAUUGUACAUUUUUUUGAAUGACAUGUUUUUUUAACUUAUGAACUAUUUAUGUAAUUUUCCAGUUUUUAUUAUGAAUACUUGAUGGUUUUAUAUAAAUUAUCAAUGAAUAUUACUAAUUAUUAAA